CUCCGUGAGGGCUUGGCGGAGCCGCUGUUUGUGCGCUCGGGGCCGCGCCGGGAGGGCCCGGAGGACCGCGGUGCCAGCGCCCAGCCCGGCCAUGGCCGCGCGCGGGGCCCAGCGGCCCAACGGGCACUCGCAGCCCAGUAAGAUCUGCCAGUUCAAACUGGUGCUACUGGGAGAGUCGGCCGUGGGCAAAUCCAGCCUGGUGCUGCGCUUCGUCAAGGGCCAGUUCCACGAGUACCAGGAGAGCACCAUCGGCGCGGCGUUCCUGACGCAGUCCGUCUGUCUGGACGACACCACGGUCAAGUUUGAGAUCUGGGACACGGCGGGGCAGGAGCGCUACCACAGCCUGGCCCCCAUGUACUACCGGGGAGCCCAGGCUGCCAUCGUGGUCUACGACAUCACCAACCAGGAGACGUUUGCCCGUGCCCGGGGCUGGGUGAAGGAGCUGCAGCGCCAGGCCAGCCCCAGCAUCGUCAUCGCCCUGGCUGGAAACAAAGCUGACCUGGCCAGCAAGAGGAUGGUGGAGUACGAGGAAGCCCAGGCCUACGCUGAUGACAACAGCCUGCUCUUCAUGGAGACCUCGGCCAAGACAGCCAUGAAUGUCAACGACCUCUUUCUGGCCAUUGCCAAGAAGCUGCCAAAGACGGAGCCGCAGAGCACGAGCGGGGCCGGGGGCCGGGGCCGGGGCGUGGACCUGAGCGAGCAGAGCCCGCAGGGCCGCGGGCAGUGCUGCAGCAACUGAGGGAUCCCAUGGGAUCUACUGGGAUCCAUGAGCUGGGAUCCAGCUGGGAUUGAACCCUGAUCCAGCCCAAAUCCAGCCAGGAUCCACCAGGAUUGAACCCAGACCCAGCAGGGCCGCGGGCAGUGCUGCAGCAACUGAGGGAUCCACGGGAUCCACUGGGAUCCAGCCCAAAUCCAGCUGGGAUUGAACCCUGAUCCACCAGGAUUGAACCCAGAGCCCGCAGGGCCGCGGGCAGUGCUGCAGCAACUGAGGGAUCCCAUGGGAUCUACUGGGAUCUACUGGGAUCAGAGCUGGGAUCCAGCCCAAAUCCAGCUCAAAUCCACCAGGACUGAACCCAGAGCCCACAGGGCCGCGGGCAGUGCUGCAGCAACUGAGGGAUCCCAUGGGAUCUGAUGGGAUCCAUGAGCUGGGAUUGAACCCUGAUCCAGCCCAAAUCCAGCUGGGAUUGAACCCUGAUCCACCAGGAUUGAACCCAGAUCCAGCCCAAAUCCAGCCAGGAUCCACUGGGAUUGUCCCAGGAUCACAACCAGGAUCCACCAGGACUGAACCCAGAUCCAGCUCACAGGGCCGCGGGCAGUGCUGCAGCAACUGAGGGAUCCACGGGAUCCACUGGGAUCUACUGGGAUCAGAGCUGGGAUCCAGCUGGGAUUGAACCCUGAUCCACCAGGGUUGAACCCAGACCCAGCAGGGCCAUGGGCAGUGCUGCAGCAACUGAGGGAUCCAUGGGAUCCGAUGGGAUCCACUGGAUCAGAGCUGGGAUCCAGCUGGGAUUGAACCCAGAUCCAGCCCGCAGGGCCGCGGGCAGUGCUGCAGCAACUGAGGGAUCCACGGGAUCCAUGAGCUGGGAUCCAGCCCAAACCCAGCCAGGAUUGAACCCAGAGCCCGCAGGGCCGUGGGCAGUGCUGCAGCAACUGAGGGAUCCCAUGGGAUCUGAUGGGAUCAGAGCUGGGAUUGAACCCUGAUCCAGCCCAAAUCCAGCCAGGAUCACAGCUGGGAUCCACCAGGACUGAACCCAGAGCCCGCAGGGCCGCGGGCAGUGCUGCAGCAACUGAGGGAUCCCAUGGGAUCUGAUGGGAUCAGAGCUGGGAUUGAACCCUGAUCCAGCCCAAACCCAGCCAGGAUUGAACCCAGAGCCCGCAGGGCCGCGGGCAGUGCUGCAGCAACUGAGGGAUCCAAUGGGAUCAGAGCUGGGAUCCAGCCCAGAUCCAGCUCAAACCCAGCCAGGAUCCACUGGGAUUGACCCAGGAUCACAGCCAGGAUCCACCAGGACUGAGUCCAGAUCCAGCCCGCAGGGCCGCGGGCAGUGCUGCAGCAACUGAGGGAUCCACGGGAUCCAAUGGGAUCCAUGAGCUGGGAUUGAACCCUGAUCCAGCCCAAACCCAGCCAGGAUCCACCAGGAUUGAACCCAGACCCAGCAGGGCCGCGGGCAGUGCUGCAGCAACUGAGGGAUCCACGGGAUCUAAUGGGAUCCAUGAGCUGGGAUCCAGCCCAAAUCCAGCCAGGAUCCACCGGGAUUGAACCCAGAGCCAGCAGGGCCGCGGGCAGUGCUGCAGCAACUGAGGGAUCCAAUGGGAUCUACUGGGAUCAGAGCUGGGAUCCAGCUGGGAUUGAACCCUGAUCCACCAGGACUGAACCCAGAUCCAGCUCACAGGGCCGCGGGCAGUGCUGCAGCAACUGAGGGAUCCGAUGGGAUCCAAUGGGAUCCAUGAGCUGGGAUCCAGCCCAAAUCCAGCCAAGACUGAAUCCAGAUCCAGCCAGGAUCCACCAGGGCUGAGCCCAGAGCCACCCAGCAGGGCCGUGGAUGGUGCUGGAGCAGCUGAGGGAUCUGCUGGGAUCCAGCCCAGAUCCAGCUGGGAUCACAGCCAAGACUGAGCCCAAAUCCUGCCCAAAUCCAGCCAGGAUCCACCAGGAUUGAACCCAGAUCCAGCUGGGAUCCAGCCCAGAUCCAGCUGGGAUCACAGCCAAGAUUGAGCCCAAAUCCAGCCGGGAUCCACCAGGAUUGAACCCAGAUCCAGCUCACAGGGCCACAGCCAGUGCUGGAGCAACUGAGGGAUCCACCAGGAUCCAGCCAGGAUCCCAGCAGAUCCCAGCUCCAUCUGCACCCUGGGGCUCUCCCUGAGCUCCAGCACUGUUUGAAGCUUCCAAGGCUCCACCUCGGCACCAGAUCCUUCCUGGAUCCACCAGAUCCUGCCCAGCUCCACCAGAUCCUUCCUGGCUCCUCCAGAUCCCACCUGGACCUUCCAGAUUUCACACGGAUCCUCCACAUCUCUCCUGGAUCCUCCAGAUCUCACACAGAUCCUCCAGACUCCAUCAGGAUCCUCCAGAUCCCACCUGGACCUUCCAGACUCCACCAGGAUCCACCAGAUCCCACCUGGAUCCUCCAGAUCCCACCUGGACCUUCCAGAUUUCACAUGGAUUCUUCAGAUCCCUCCUGGAUCCUCCAGAGGUCACACAGACGCUCCAGACUCCAUCAGGAUCCUCCAGAUCCCUCCUGGAUCCUCCAGAUCCCACCUGGACCUUCCAGACUCCAUCAGGAUCCUCCUGGCUCCUCCAGACUCCACCAGGAUCCACCAGGUCCCACCUGGAUCCACCAGAUCCCACCUGGACCUUCCAGAUUUCACACGGAUUCUCCAGAUCCCACCCGGAUCUUCCAGAUCCUUCCUGGAUCCUCCAGACUCCAUCAGGAUCCUCCAGAUCCCACCUGGACCUUCCAGACCCCACCUGGAUCCUUCAGAUCCCUCCUGGCUCCACCAGAUCCCUUUUGGAUUCACCGGAUCCCCUCUGGCUCCACCAGCCCCUCCUGGAUCUCCUCAGAUCUCCUCAGAUCCCUCUCUGGCAGCACCGGGGCCGGGGCUGGACUCUGGGGGACCCCGCGGGGCCUCGGACGCUUGGACACCCCCAGAUCCCCCCUGGACACCCCCAGAUCCCCCCUGGACACCCCCAGAUCCCUCCAGAUCCCUCCUAGAUCCACCUUGAUCCUGGGAUUUGGGGGUCCCAGGAGCCCCCCAGGGAUCUCUGGGGGGUUUUGGUGGCUCCCCAUGGAUCCCUCCUGGACACCCCCAGAUCCACCUUG